AUGGCUUCUUCUGGUAUCUCCAAAGGCCACGAAACCUUGGAUGAGAAAACUCAUCAACUUCCCGACUCCUCUUACGGAGAGCCACCGGUGAAACAACACUACAACACCGUCACCCGUGGAGAAUCUAUUCCUUCCUCUGAUGAUAUAAACGAUAAUAUUGUCGGUUAUGAUGGAAGACUUAUGGGAGCGCGGACUAGGUUGAGUAGUCAGCAGGAGAAGAAACUACUGAGAAGGAUUGAUUGGCAUCUCAUUCCUUUGCUUUCGGUCAUGUAUAUGGUCAAAUCAAUUGAUGCUUCCAAUGUUUCGAAUGCUCGAAUCAUGGAUCGCGGAACGCCGAGGAAUAUCAUGACGGAGCUGAACAUCUCGGCUGAUGACUACAACUUUGUCACUAUGGCCUACUAUAUUCCAUAUAUCCUGGCAGAAACGCCUUCAAACCUGUUGGUAAAGCGCCUCAAGCCAUCAGUUUGGCAAGCGAGAAUUAUGAUAUCAUGGGGCAUCGUUCUCGUUUGCCACGCCGCCGUAAAAAAUGCCGCCGGCUUGUAUACAGUCCGCGCUUUUCUCGGACUCUUCGAGGCUGGACUCUGGCCUGGUAUGCUUCUGCAGUUAUGCUACUGGUAUCGCCCCGAUGAAAUGGCGUCGCGUAUUGUUCUUGUUACUAUUCUUGGUAACUUUAGUGCUGUCGUUAGCGGUGUCCUUGCCUUUGCAUUUAAUGGAGUCCAUGCGCAGGGCUUGUCGGGAUGGAAAUGGCUUAUCUUGACAGAGGGAGUAUUUACUAUUCUUCUGGGUAUUUUUGCAUACAUCUUCAUGCCAGACUUCCCAGAUACAGCUCGUUGGAUGUCCGAAGAAGAAAAGGCAUUCGUCCAAGCUCGGCUUCCCAUCAACGCCCCCAGAGCCGCUGAGAAGGACUUUGACUGGAAAGAGUUCUGGCACACUCUCAAAGACCACAAGCUCUGGCUGUUUCUUCUCUGCUGGGCAUUCUAUACCAUUGGCACGACCGGGCUUAACUUUUAUCAGCCGACGGUUAUUGCGAACUUGGGAUUCACUGGCAUCGCGGAAGCCCAGCUGCUAAACAUUCCCCCAGCCAUCUUUGCCUGUGUACUCACUAUAGUAUUCGGAUGGGUUGCCAACACCGGUCGUUUCCCCCUACCUCUGAUUCCGCUGAGCUUCAUGAUAAUCAUAGAAGCAUGUUACGUUGUUCUAUACACCUUUCCCAACACAGGCGGUGUGUAUGCAGCUACCGUAAUAGCAGGAGGUUUCUCAAUCGCUUGGUAUACAAUGAUGUGGCCAUGGAGAGUCCAAACCACAGACGGAGCCACCGGUUCAGCUUUUGCCAUUGCAUUUGCCAAUAGCUACGGGCAGAUUGGAGGCGCAGUUGGAUCACAGCUGUUCAAUUCGCGCUUUGCACCUAGGUAUACCACGUCAUUUGGAAUCGCUAUGGGCUUUAUUGGUAUGGCUAUUAUAAUGAAUGUUAUCACUUGGUCGUUUACUUGGAAAGUUGAUGUUGCGACGAGACGGCUUAAGAGGGCGAGGGAUGCUGCUGCGAAGAGGAAUGAGGCUAUUCUGGAUGAUGUUGACAUUCAUGCCAAGACCUGA